AUGGGAGACAGAGUGAAAGCGUCAAGAAGAGAGAACGAUGAUUUAAAAAGACAACUGAAUGAUCUGAAGAAGGAAUUUCAAUCUUUCAAGUCCAAGAAGGCGGAACAGAAGGAUUGCCACGAAGCAGCAGCUACCGCUUUACCGAACACACAGGAUGACCAAUUCCUCAGCGACAGCUACGAUGCCCUUGUUAAGUCAGAAUCGAGCUUGUCAAAAGCUCUGGAAAAUUUUUCUCGUAGGUUGGAUUUAUUGACAGUUAACGUUGACAGAAUUUACAAAGCUAUCGACGAGAUGUUCUACUACAGUUACCAAUACAACUUGAAGAUCGUGGGCGUUCCAUUUAUCUCAGAAAGCGAAUCUGCACAAGACACCGUGGAAUUGUGUGUGAAGCUAUUUUCUGGCCUUGGAGUCGAUGUCUCCAUAUCAGAGAUCGACAUUGCCCACAGGGUUUCACAGCGAGAUACUUCAACCGGUAAUGGCAACCGAAGACAACCGAACCCGAUAAUUUGCAAAUUCACUAGAAGGAUGACACGAGACACUGUGUUGGCGUCAAGAGGUAACGCCAGUCGACUAACUACCGACCUGGAUCUCCCGUCCACUGUUGAAAUUGAUCGGAUUGCAAUUUACAGCCACCUUACGCCGAGACUACAAGAGCUGUAA